CAGAUCGAAAUCUGAUAGAUUCAUUGGCUAGAACUAUCCGAAGCCUGAACCAUGGGAAACGUCGCUUUCGCUUGCUGCAAUGGUUCUGACAAUCGCCAGGAGGCCAUGCGAGUGCUGGCGAGUAGUGCCAGGGUCGUGGGAGCCAAGAAGGCCUGCUUGGUGGGCAUCAACUACAGGCAGCCAUGAAAAACGACGAGUUUUUUCUGGCAGGAAGACCAGAUCCGAGCUGCGUGGGUGCAUUAACGAUGUGAACAACACGCAGAAGGUGCUGGUGGAGCAGUAUGGCUUCAAUGUGGAUGACAUCUUGAUGAUCAACGAGGACCAGGCGAAGGAAAAUUGGCCAACCAAGCAGCGAAUCUUGGAGGGCAUGGAUUGGCUGUACAAGGGUGCAAAACCCGGAGAUUUGUUGGUGUUCCACUACAGUGGUCACGGUUCACAAUACAACGGAGACAAGAAGACCAUGCCUUCAGAUGUGAUCUGCCCGUUGGACUGCAUCGAUGGUCCCUGGCCUAGCACCGUGAUCACGGACUCGGAGAUCCACCAGAAACUCUACGACCCCUUGCCGAAGGGAUGCAAGGCGGUCUGUCUCUUCGAUUGCUGCCACAGUGCCACCGUGGCGAAUCUCACUGAAACCAUGGUGGUGAAGGAAGGUCCAUUGACGGCCAAAAAGAAGGAGAUGAUGGUGAAGCGCUUGCAGGCUCAGAAGGAUUCUGUUGAGUGUCAGGUUCGCUUCUACAAUGAGGUGAAUUCCGGCAAGUUGGACGUGAAGAAGAAGAGCAAGGCUGAGCUGUACCAACUCUUUGAGAAGCACAGCUUCCCCAAGAAAACAGGUCAAAUUUCCAAUGGUGGCGUAGAUGACGGAUCUGGCUACAGCUAUCUUCUCAACACCAAGCUUGCUGCUUUCUGUACUGGUUCAGUCGAUAAGGUCUCAGCUAUUUUGGUUGAGAAGGAGCAGGCGCUGAAGCAAGUUCAGAGUAUGAAAGUGGGCGAUGGAGCUAAGAUCUACAUCGGAAAUUUGGAGCAAGACUUGGAGGAUUCUUAUGAGAAGAACAAUUCCCGUGCUGUGACAACAGAUCGCGAGAUCAGGAUUCGCUACCUGCCACAGCCUGACAUGGACAUCGAAGAUGAUGAGAGGUCUGUGAAGCCUGUGGACAGGGGCCUGUUGGGAGCUCUGAAGAGCGAGAAGUACAAGGAUCAUCAGCUGUGGGUCUUCUCAGGUUGUCAGGAUGACCAAACCAGUGCGGAUGCGCACGUCGAAGGCAUCUACCAGGGCGCAUUCACUUGGGCGUUGUUGAAAGCCUUGAAGGGUGAUACCUGGACCGCGGACUACCGCACCCUAAUGGUCCAAUUGAAGGGCAACUUGGAGGAGGGCCGCUACAAGCAGGUGCCGGCCUUGUCUACCACCCAUGAGCUCUACUUGGACUUCUCUUUCUGCGGCAAGCUGAAGGAUUCCAGCUUUGUUAUCGAGGGAUGACUUGCGGAGAUCUAAUGUUCUGUCAGUUGAAAGAUGCACGGAUUGCUGAGCCAAGAAUGUUUCACACUUUUGGUCAGCGGCACGUCUUCUAGAGGGCACCUUUUUUUUGGGUGAGACCAGCGUUUUUGCACAACGCGAAUUUCGGGAGGGCGGCAGGCAUCUUGCAAGAAAGUGACUCACCUGAAAUGGUGGGUGCUGCAACCUCCUGGAAGCUUGGUCUAGCCCCUGUGACACGGACGAAUCUGCCGUGUUGACGAGUGUUUUACGCGAUGAGUGUAGCACUGCUGAACUUUCAAGGAGAAACAGCAAUAAA